GUUUCUUUUACUUGCAGUGAUUUUAUCGUCUCUACUAUUUUCAUAUUUAGUAUUUGUCGUCCUAUGAUCAUGUUCCUUUAGUUUUUUCUUGGUGCAUCGAUUUGUUCUCUAUUGCAACGUUAAGUGGAACAAACAAUGUCAUCUUCCAACCCGAGUCGCCCUUUUCUGCCGUUUGCAGUGGAGGUGGAGUCCGUAGAUUUCAAGUUUUCUUCUGGGCACUUUGUCGCUUCCAGAGGCUUUCGGGAACGCUUACAUGUUAAGGGUAGUUUCUCACUAUCCCAUGUGGACUAUAGACACUGAGUGAAAUCCACCCUGAUCUGAAGGCGAAAAUCAAGGGGGGCAAGGGCUGCAACUCACUCGACCAGGGAUAGCGAAGAAGUACCUCUAAUCAUGGCCACAACUAUACUGUCGGCGUCCGCCUGGAGGGGACCAGGGUGAACCCAGAUGGCUACGUCCUAGAUUUCGGAGACGUGAAGGAGGUUACCAAGUCCUGUUGCCGCGCUUUAAAUGAAUAUGUCCUACUUCCUGGACGCAGCGACGUCCUGUCGUUUAGGGGAUUGAAAGAAGGACAAGGAGGAUCUUCUACACAUGAAGAAUUGCAGACGAGUUCUUCGGAAUCAGAUGUUCCUGGUGUUGGAGCCGGAGGUGGUCGUGGGGGAGUUAGUUUGCAGUGUCCUCCCGUUGAAUCAGUGAUUGAACAAUCUGCGUCAGCGAUGGAACCAAAAGAAGAAGCUAACGCAAAUAUUAAAGGUGCUGGUCUUUUUCGAGCAAGCGACGAUAACGACAGCUUGUGGCAGCAGGCGAGAGCCCAUAGCGAAAGUAAAAACGUGGAAAUUCUCACCGAACAAGGCCAGUAUUUCUCUCUGCCAAGAUUAAGGCUAGUCUGACUUAUGUGUUGCAUCAUUGACUGACAAUCACUAUCGAGUGUGGACUAUGCUGAGUGGGGUCCACUUAGAAUGGGGGACUAUGGAUGCUGAGUGGAUUUCCCCUAGAACAAGUCAAGGGGAUUCUAAGGGGGAAAGAAGGAAACCCACUCUCACUCAGCCAGGGAUAGUGAUUGGCUACCUGUAACAAGAGCAGACUGCAAAAUACUCCCUAUUGUACAUACAACAGCGGAAGAAUUAGCAGAGUACCUGUGGACCCAGAUUCAUCAGAAAAUGCUAAAAAAGCUUGGCCCCGAUCGCUCUCUGCGGAUAGAACGCGGGAUAGAAAUGAUGGAAGUGAUUGUGGCUGAACGACCCAUACAAAGAGCCAUUUUUCGAAAGGAAGUACCAUGAUGAGGAGGAAGGAUGCGCCAUGGUGACUGAUGUGUCAUUUACGCUUAGACUCAUGGUCAUGCACAUAAGAAGGAGGAUACGUGGGUGAGCGGAUGUUCUUUGCACACAAUAAUGAUGCUUCUUAGGCGUGCUAGUUACGCCUCCUCACACAGAAUAAGUACUCUGGGUGCUGGUUGCGUG